UGUCGCGUCCCCGCCCCGACGGAGGAAGCUCCAACACGUGUUCGCCUCGCUGCUGCUGCUGCUGCUGCUGCUCGGUGCUCGUCGUGACCGGUCGACUGCCUCUCAACCGUCGCUCCUCUCGCUCCUCUCGACCACAACAUGACGAAGGUGAAGAAGGAGAAGGUCGCGGCCGCGGACCCGGAGGAGGCCGCCGCCGCCGGGGGGAACGAGAAGUCUUACCAGGAGCUGGUCGCCAACGUGAACCCCAUCUCUCAGCCGCUCGCCUCCAGGAAGCUGAGCAAGAAGCUGUACAAGUGUGUGAAGAAGGGUGAGCGAGCCGGACACGUGUCGACACAUGGACGUUUGAGAAGCGAGGUGUGGGAAGAGUCGCGGGAUUCUUCUGAUCCGUUCGUGAUCAGAGCUGCCAAGGUGAAGAACAUCCGCCGAGGAGUGAAGGAAGUUCAGAAGUUCAUCAACAAGGGAGAGAAAGGCAUCGUGGUGAUGGCCGGCGACACGCUGCCCAUCGACGUCUACUGCCACCUGCCCGUCAUGUGCGAGGACCGGAGCCUGCCGUACGCCUACAUCCCCUCCAAAGUGGAUCUGGGUUCGUCGGCGGGAUCUAAGCGUCCGACCUGCGUCAUCCUGAUCAAACCUCAUCAGGAUUACCAGGACGCCUACGACGAGUGCGUGGAGGAAGUGUCCAACCUGCCCAAACCGCUCUGAGGCGCCUCGGCCAAUCAGGGAGCAGCUCCGAGGUCACCGUCUGCAACCACACAAACAACCCAUGGUUCAAAGGAGCAGUCAACCAACUCGUCAGAAGCUCCGCCUCCUUCUGGUGACUGGGGCUAAGCUAACGGUUUCCCACUGCUUCCAGUGUUUAUGCUAAGCUAGGCUAACCCCAUCGUGGAGGCAGGAGAACGAGAGGUUUUGUGUAAAUAAACAGUUUCUGUUGUUUUGUUCGAUACAUGAACAAAAAAUAUCAAUUACAUUUUUUCAACAAAACAAAAAAUAUUCCUAAUGUAAAUAAAUGUUUGUUGUGCUCGCUCGACGUCAGCAACAUAUUUACUUUGAUCGUCUUCAGAAACUUUUCUUCGACCAACUGUGAUUUGAUUCUUUCUACUUCUUUCGUUUUAAACAUCAGAUCUGAUUUUAUUUCUUUGGAGUUGGAUAUUUAAGAAAUGUUGAAAUGAAUAUUUGUUAGAAGAUGAACAUUCAAACUUGGUUUUUUUUUUAUUAAAAGAAACGUGAACUGAAA